ACUGAGUAUUUCAGGACUUGGAAGCUCAGAGAAGCUGCUCCUGGAGCACUUACCGGAGGGGACUUUUAAUUGGUCACCUUAUGCAAGGACAUGUGCACGACUGAAGUAACUGCUUCCCUGCUCCAAGUGGAAGAAACCUUCUUGGCAUCCCUGGCACGGAUUGAUGCCCUCAUCCUCAAGCCCCUGCUCCAGGCAGAACCCAGUGACCAGAAGGGAAAGGAGAACCUGAAACUCUUCCUUCUCCUGAACGAUCGAUUUCAAGCUCUCUGGAACCUCACAGAAGAAAAUUACCGAGUAUUGAAACAAAAAAGCAGCAGCUCGGAGUCACUCUGCACCCAGGACAUUGCCAUCAUCUGGAAAGGAGACCUCUUCCUAAGCCUCUACAUCCAAUAUUUUGUCACCUUUGCCAACUACGUUGUAGUCCAUGGCUUCGAACAUGCAACAAAGAGCAAAAGUGACUCCUGGAAGCACCAUAAGACCAUCCUGAAACAAUUCCUCACUGACUUCACCUCUGAAACCUCCAUGGCAUUGGCCCUGUACACUGUUCUUCACAAACCCAUCAGGGAACACAUUCAGCAGUAUAUAGUGCUCCUCACCAAGCUGAAGGACGUUCUCCUUCAGGUAGAAAAGGGCUCUGAAAGGGACGUGGUUACCAAUGCCAUCAAGGAGUACGUGAAGCUGGAGUCUUUCAUCAGCCAAGUCCUGGAUGAAGCUUGUUUCACCAAGUCCUUAUGGAAAUCCUUGGGCUACAAAUUCACAGACAUGCUUUGUGUACCUGAAAGGAGACUGCUGGAAGACAGCAAAAACCUUCCCAUCUCUGCUAGCACGAAUCGAUCGGAUCGGAUCUUGCUCUUUGAUGAUGUCCUUGUGGUAAUCCAGGGAAACAGCUUUCAGAGUUUUGAUCUGAAGCUUGUGUGGGUAGAUGAAAACUGCAAGGAGAAAUCAGCUGCAGGACAGUAUGGGCUCAACAUUAUUACCCCAGAGGAAACAUUCUUUCUCUCUGCCAAAGACCCACAGAUGAAGGCUGUUUGGCAGUGGAAGCUCAACCAGGCUGUUCGCCAGGCACUCAAUGGGAAGAGAGAUUUCCCACUCUGGGGAAAAACUGGGGAAGGCACCGGGCCCCCAGAUCACCGCUUCUUCACCUACGUCUUCAAGCUAGAUGGGAAGUUCAAAAGUGCCACCUAUGAGGGCGAGUGGCACUGGGGAAAGCCACAUGGCAAGGGGACUCUGAAGUGGCGGGAUGGACGCAACCACGUGGGAGACUUCAAAGAGGGCUUGGAGCAUGGGUUUGGGAUAUGCCUUGUCCCCCGGCGCUCUGAAGAUCGCUACGACUGCUACAAGUGCCACUGGCACCAGGGCAAGAUGAGAGGCUAUGGAAUCUGUGAGUAUGGGAAUGAGAUGGUCUACAAGGGUUACUUUAAGGACAACGUGCGCCAAGGGUUUGGGAUCCUGGAGAACCUCUCAGCUGAGCAUCCAUUUAAAUACACAGGACAGUGGGAAAAUGACAAGAAGAAUGGAUAUGGAGUCUGGGAAGACAAAGAUAGGGGGGAGAGAUACAUAGGGACGUGGCUUGAUGAUCACAGACAUGGACAAGGCAUUGUAGUAACCCAGUCGGGUGUCUGCUAUCAGAGAACAUUUCAUGCUGAUAAGAUGGUGGGUUCUGGGAUUCUUCUCUUGGAAGAUGACUCUGUCUAUGAAGGCAACUUCACGGAAGAUCUGACAUUUGUUGGCAAGGGAAAAUUGUCCUUUGCCAAUGGCUUCAUUCUGGAGGGAACCUUCACUAACAAAUCUGGGCAAGGGCUUCAGACCCAUGGCAUCCUGAACACAUCAAAUGAGCAGCUGGAGGAGAGGAUAACCAAAGCGCAGCUGGGCCUUGAGGAGUUCCCAGUGGAGAAGAGGUGGAAGGGAAUCUAUGACCAGUUCCUGGAAUUCAUCCAUUCUGGCUGCAAAGAAGAAACAGAGGAGUCUUUCAUGGGGUUCCACAUACAAACGAGCAAGGAGCUGAGGAAAUCUCAGGAAUACCUCUUCUGCCAAAGGGGGACUGAGGAUGUAUCCUGGAAGAUAGAAGACAUUCUUGAAGAGCUUGUCCAGCACCAGGAGCCAGAGGCUCUGCAGAGUUAUUUAGAGAAGGCACUGAAGUCUUCCCUGCACCCACUGGGCAAGCUGCUGAAGGCCUUGAUGAUAGCUUUUCAGGCAACAUAUUCUGGGAUUGGGGCCAACAGACACCUACUGACUAUGGCACAAGAGGAAGUCAAGUACUAUGCAAAGAAAAUAUGGGAAUUCUACCAGGGUUUGCUCCAUCUGGCACUGGAACAGAAAGGCCAACAGCCCUUGAAGUGUGGAGAUGGGGAGACCAGUGACCAGAAGGCGUGCAGUGUGGUCCUCCCACUGAUCCUACCCUGCUUCUACCCUGAGCUUUUCAUGCUCUACAUGCUCUAUCAUGAAAGAGAAGAUGACCUCUACUGCCAAGGGAUCGUGGACCUAAGUCUCUUCCCUGACAUCAAGCUGCUUGAGUUCCUGGAUGUGCAGAAACACCUCUGGCCUCUGAAAGAUCUCACCCUGACAACCAACCAGAGGAGAUCCCUUAUCAAGGACAAGUGUUUCCUUUCUGCCACGGAGUGCUUGCAGAAGUUGAUCACCACUGUGAAUCCCAGGGAAAAGCUGGUGAUCCUCCAGAAAACUUAUGAGGAGAUAGAGAGCACGGUGUCCCGGGUGGUGGAAAAGGACUACAAGCUCCCCAUGGAUGACCUCUUGCCCCUCCUGAUGUACGUUGUGUCCCGAGCAAAAAUACAGCACCUAGGAGCUGAAAUCCAUCUGAUCAGGGACUUGAUGGACCCCACCCAUCAAGGAGGACUUUAUGACUUUCUCUUAACAGCACUGGAGUCCUGCUAUGAACACAUCCAAAGGAUGAGGCUCCACCAAAGGGAGAACUGCCAUGGGAAUCACAGCUCCUGAGCCCCAGGAUCCCAUGGGAAUCUCCCCCCUCCUGCACUUUCUUGACCUGAACACUGUUGGAUGAAGAAGCAACCAAGUGGCUGCUCUUCUGGUUGCUUUUCAAAAGGGAUGAAAAGUUAUUUAUCAGCUGAGGGGUCCUCCCUGGCUUUUCCCUUGGACUUAGCUCUGGGAUGGGGAAGCUCAGCCUGGAAGCCUUCAAGAGGCAACCUCAGCCCAACCUGGGGAAUCUCUUGGAGGAAAAGUGGCCACGGGUUCUUUCUGCCUUGCAGUUUUAUUUCAUUUUUCCUGCACUCUGACAACACCUCCUUUCACUGCUCUCUCAGCUGCUGUGUUUGUGUUGCACUGAGGAGCUGACAGAAGGGAGGAGAAGUGGGGUGUUUGCUUUUUUUUUUUUUCUUUUUAAUUUUGGUUUUAUUUUAUUUUAUUUUUAAUAGAAAGCCAUCAAAUGAAACCACAAGAACUGUUUUGGUGGGACCAUUUCUGGUUGGCAGAAAUGUGGCAGAGGAGAGGCCACCCCCAUGUUCCUGAGCAACCUGUUCCAGGAAUGAGGUGGCUUUUCCUCUGUCCCUAAAGAGGAAGGUUUUGGUUUUAUUUUUUCCACUCCUCUUCCUACCUAUGCUAAACUCAGUACCUCUCCAUUGCAUUUUAAAGCUGCUAUUAACUAAAUCCUUUGUUUUAUGAUCCUUACAAGUGGAUAUUUAUACUUUGCAGACUCCUGUUGAAGUCUCAGGGAAAUCACACUUGCACCUUGAACCAUGUUAGUGCUGCUUGGUGAUUCUGCAGGGGUUCAUGGGUGCCUGAUAGGAAGGACAUGCCUUGUCCUGGGCUGAGAAACCUCAAACCCUGCUAAGAGAAAACACAAAACCACCUGAGUUUCUGCACUGACAGACCUGUAAAAACACUGAUUUUUUUUUCCUAAGUGCACUGCUUUGUGCUGACAGACUGCCCACUGACCCCAGUGGGUUACAAAUCAGAUGAAAACUGGGCUGGGUUUUAUGCUGCCUUCAUAAAAGGCAAAGGGAUACUUAGGGUCCUGUUCCUGGAUCAGAUAAAACACUGAUGUCUGAAUUGCAUAUGAGAGCAAGAGCUCUUUUAAACUGUAUUUUAACCUAUUUUUUGGGGGGGAAUUUAAUAUUUUUUACUUUACAGCUUGAUUUGAAAUUGUCCAGGUCUGUGACUUUAAGAAAACAAAACUCUACAGCCUGUGUUUCCUCCUGUUUAUCACAAGUAUUAUGCUUUAAUAAAUAGUACAUUGAUUACAACAAUUAAUAUAUUGGUAUGAGAGUAUCCUAAUGUAUGUUUCACAGUAACUUUGUAUUUAAAUAAAGCUGUUCCA